CAAGGGCCAGGAGCCGCCGCUUUCGCCGACCUCGGGCGACGGCCCGGCCAUCUCGGCCGUCAUGUUCACGGCCGGCGUGCUCGGCAACCUGACGGCGCUGGUGCUGCUGCUGCUGGCGCGGCGCCGUCGGCUGGCGCGGCGGGAGCGCCUGGUGCCUUUCCACGUGCUGCUGAUGGCGCUGGUGUUGACAGACCUGCUGGGCACUUGCCUGCUCAGCCCAGUGGUCCUGGCGGCCUACGGGCGAGAGCGCACGCUGAAGGAGCUGGCCGCGGACGGGCGCGUCUGCGACUACUUCGCCUUCUCCAUGAGCUUCUUUGGCCUGGCCACCAUGGGCUGCCUGGGCGCCAUGGCGCUGGAGCGCAGCCUGGCCAUGGGCGCGCCUUACCUGUACGAGCGGCUGCUGAGCGGGCGGCCCCCGGCGCUGCUGCUGGGAGCCCUGCCCGUCCUCUACGCCCUGGCCGCCGCCUUCUGCGCCCUACCGCUGCUGGGCUUCGGCUGCUACGUGGAGUACUGGCCGGGCACGUGGUGCUUCAUCCAGAUGCGCUCGGAGGGCAGAGCAGACGCCUUCGCGCUGCUCUACGCUUCGGUGCUGCUGCUGCUCAUCCUGGCUGUCCUGCUGGGCAACCUGGUCGUCAUGGUCAGCCUCUGCCGCAUGUACCUGAGACGCGCGCACGCCCACCGGUGCUGCGUGUACCUGAGGCGCGCGCACACCCACCGGCCCGCCGCCGCCGCCUGCCGCUGCCCCGCGUUGAGCGCUCAGCAGCGGCCGUGCCGCCAGCCGGAGUCUCCCGGGGAGCGAGCGCCGGGCGCCCGGGGACCGGUCUCCAUGUCCGAGGAGCUGGACCACCUCAUUCUGCUGUCCAUCAUGACCAUCAUCUUCGCCGUGUGCUCCCUGCCUUUUACGAUCCAUGCCUUCAUGAGCAGUUUUACUAAAGACUGCUCAAACAAGGGGGAUCUUCUAGUGAUGCGGUUUCUGUCUGUUAAUUCCAUUGUGAACCCCUGGGCAUUUGUCAUCCUGAGACCUCCCAUCCUCCGGCUGGUGCGAUCCAUACUGUGCUGUCAGAUAUCCUUAAAAUCACAGCCGAAGAGUAGGCAGAGUUUGUCUCUUGCCAAACCAGUGCCCGUGGAACAGAUGGACAAUUGCAGGCAAUAGAACAUGGAUUCAGAGAAGGCAUUCAGGUGCCCAUUUCUAAUGGCUCCUCAGGGAAAAUACAGAACGACUGGAACUGUAGCAUGAACUCACCUCCUGGAGUCACCACUCAGUUACAGCCUCCAUGAUUCUGAGCUGUGUUCUUGUUCAUCAGAGGGAAACCUGAGAGGAAUCUCCAAAUUCACCCAAUCCUAAAUAUUCCCAAUCUGACUGCAAGACGACAACAAUGGGGUCAAGAAGUAGAUUGGAAGGAGCUGUCUUCUGCCAAUCUGGUCAAUGGUUUAUCUUGCUCCAUCUUGUUGCAGUGUUUAAGGAAGCUCAUAAUAUUUCAGGUUGGAAACUUUCCCAGAUCCACCUGCAGGGUGUCCACAGGAGUGGCAAAGAAAGUCAAGAUGGUAUCUGUGAUGGUUUGAUAGCAGCUCCAUCUUUUUUUUAUGAGCAUCACAUCUGCAGAGCUUCUGACGCAUCGUUACAGCCACCAUCUUGACUUAUUUGACCAUAACCCAUGGGCAUCCCUUCCCCUUUCUCUCCAGGAGAGGUGCAACUUCUCCUGGAGAGAAAGAGAACUAAGGAUGCACACCGUGCACAACCUGAAGCCCCAGGGCCACAUGGGACCCCAGAAAACCUUGGAUGCAAAGUUGCCACUGAACUGUACUUUUUACCCCUACUGAAGAGGGAAACAAACUAAAUACUUAACUUAUUAAUUAAGCAACUUAUUUAAUUUAUUCUUAAGUGCAUAUAGUUGAAAUAAAAUAAUGAAACUUUUUUCUUCUGACCCAGCCUAUUUUUUGGGGAAAUGCUCUGUGCUGUACCAUGUAUAGGCCAAGGCUGGCCUUUGGCAUGAAAAGCUAUGCCCCUUGUCAUACAUGUUUGAUAACACUUAGAUUUUUUUUUUUGUUUGUUUGGUCAAGUAAACCUUGGGCUACACUAGGCUGCAGAAAUCCAGAGGCAUACCAGGUGGAACAAAUGAAGUUUUCUGUAUUUCUCUGCUAUCUGGUAGCUUUUUGGAUCUUUUCAUCCCAGAUAUGACAGGCCUUGGGUGUCUGCACAGGGUGAUCAUAAAGUGAAGAUGACAGCGAAGCUCCACCUGUGUUUUAUAUCACGGACGUCAUCUUGACUUUUUGGCCAUACCCUGCAGAGAUCCCUGGUAGCCCUGGCAAAGUUUUCCUGGUAUUCCUUUCAUCUUCACAUUUCUGUUAUAUCUCCCUGUAUGUAAACAGUUCAAAAAUGAAGCCCACUAAAUUCAGUGGGAUUUAUUGCCAAGUAUGUGGGCUUAGCAUUAGAGCCACAGUUAAAUGAUGUGAUUCAGAAAACUCAGUCAGGUCUGUUUUUCUUAAUAGGGAAAGACAAGUUAUCCUAGGUCAUUAAGCCACUGUUGUGGGUUUAUGUGUGUUUUGCCCAGAGUAUACAUAAGCCACCUGCAUAUCAAAUCAAAUAUAAACUAACAUAGAAAAAUUUACUCCAUAAAGGAUUGAUGACAUUAAUGAAAUCAUAGUCAAACAAACCAUCACUAAGUGCAGUGUGGAAACCCAAUCAGAGUUUUUGUGGCACAUAAAAACUGACACAUUUAUUAUAGCGUAAGCAUUUUAUGGACUACAGGCCACCUCAUCAGAUGUAUGAAGUAUUAUAUCAAGCUACAAGUACAUAUAAACUCCUAGUUGAGAGGGGAGAAAUGCAAAUGGCAAGGCUAAUGGAAAUGAAAUCAUACAGAUACUGUUAGUGAUAGUUACUUAUUGGUAUUGGAUAUUUGCAAACAGCUGCAUAGAGACAUACGUGCAUUGGUGAGUUAAUUAACACAAAUAGUGUUUAUUAACUUAUCAAUUAAUAAGUUAAUUGGUGAGUUAAUAAACCAAUUUGUGUUUAUUGGUGGUGGGCUUUUUUUAAAUCAACUCUGCUUUAUUCAAGUCACAGAACAUGGAAUGAGCCAUAUACAGUAUGUGAAAGUAACCAUUAUGUGAGGUAAUGGGAUAACAUUUUUUUAAUAAAAAGUUGUCUGCGCAAUUCUAAUUGUGCCUCAGUUCUGAUCUGUAGAACAUCUGAGUCAGUUUUAUAUACUUCUUUGGAGGAGUGGAAUGUUUAAUAGAACAAUCAUAAAGUCCAGUGUUCUAGCAAAGCGACCACAACAAUCACUGUGUUGUUUUACUUUCUUGGAUUCAGAAAAAUCAAUGGGAAGCCAUUACAGUAAUCUAGGCCACUGCAGCAGCUGAUCUAAAUCUUUCUCUGCAUCAGGGUACAUCAGUAGAUGUUGGAUUCCAUUUUGGGGCAUUUUAAAGUCAUAAAGGCUGGCGGGAUGCCAAAUCAAGUCUCCUUCAAAUCAAGUUUGAUGCCUGGUGACUUC